AAGUAGUCGGAAUUGUUUAAGUCAGGAAUAGAAAUUUUCAGUUUGAGCAACCAAACCUUUGAUACUGAAUACAGUCAGGUUAAACUUGGCUGUAGCUGGUCAGUGCGACGAUAGCAAAUUCUGCGCUUAUCAAAACAUUAGUAUAGAGAAGCUGUUGCUUUCCGUUUUGCCGAUCAAGCUAGUCAGAAAGUCUGAAAAUUAGAAAUGACCGAUGAACUAACGGACGAGCAAAUUGCUGAUUUCAAAGAAGCUUUUUCCCUUUUCGAUAAAAAUGGGAAUGGCUCAAUCUCAACAAAGGAAUUGGGAACCGUAAUGCGGUCGCUAGGCCAGAAUCCAACUGAUGCCGAAUUACAGGACAUGAUAAAUGAAGUGGAUGCAGACGGUAAUGGAACGAUCGAGUUCCCUGAAUUUGUCACAAUGAUGGCACAUAAAAUGAGAGACAUGGACAGCGAAGAAGAGAUUCGAGAAGCAUUCAAAGUGUUCGACAGGGAUGGCAAAGGUUUUAUUACCGCUGUCGAACUGCGCCAUGUGAUGACAAGUCUUGGCGAGAAGCUAACCGACGAAGAGGUAGAUGAGAUGAUUCGUUCGGUUGAUGUUGAUGGUGAUGGCCAGAUAAAUUACGAAGAAUUCGUUACCAUGAUGACACCGAAGUGAGAGUUUCAAACAUUCCGUCAUCGUUGCGCAAACAUGUCGUUGCUGUUGUUGGGAAAUACAUUCAAAUUAAACGUAAACUUUGAAUAAA